AUGGGCGACGGCAUAAAGGGAAUGAUCACCCCCCUCGGAUCCCUUUUCUCCCCCGAGGAGGCGCGGAAGGCCGCACAAUGGGUGGAGGGAGCUGUCGUCCAAUGUCGUAGCGAGCUCCGGCGUCUCCAGGGCUUCGUCUCCGAGAAUUCUGCCCUUAUAUCCCUUGUUCGCUCCCUUCCAAAUGAGCUCUCUCACGAAAUCAUGGUUCCUUUUGGAGGUGCGACUUUCUUCCCUGGCCGCCUUAUCCAUACCAACGAGUUUCUAGUAUUGUUAGGAGAUGGAUAUUAUGCAGAGAGGACUGCGAAGCAGACUAUGGAUAUUUUGCAUAGGAGGGGCAAGGCAAUGGAAGCCCAGGUUGAGGCUUUGAAGGCGACGAUGUUGGAUCUUGAGGCCGAGGCUAAGUUCUUCAAUUCCACAACGGAAGAGGCUAUUGUAAGUGCUUCGACAUAA